UAUGGAUACUAAUGAAUUGAAUCCUUCUGAAUUGGGAACAAAAAGCUAUUGGGAUAAAAGUUACAACACUGAAAUUAAAAAUUAUUUAAAUCAUGGCGAUACAGGUGAUGUGUGGUUUGAUGAAAGCAGUCAAUUUCGUGUUAUUAAAUGGAUGAAUGCAAGUACAUCUGGUAUAAAUAAGGGUGACUCAAUUAUUGAUUUAGGAACUGGAAAUGGGAUGAUGCUCAUCGAAUUAUCUUUAGAAGGUUACACAAAUUUAACAGGAAUCGAUUACAGUGAGAAUGGAAUUGAAUUAGCUCAGAAAAUAGCAAAGGAUCAAAAUCACACGAUAAAUUAUAAAGUAGCAGAUCUUUUAAGUGAUGCACUUGAAGUUUUAGGCAAGUUUAAAGUUUGUCACGAUAAAGGAACUUAUGAUGCAAUAAGUUUGAUGGAGAAUGCUAUGGAAAAGCGUUCAAUAUACAUGAAGAAUGUGGCAAACUUAAUGAACGAUGAUGGACUCUUUAUUAUCACAAGUUGCAACUUCACUGAGGACGAGCUCAUCGAAAGUUUCAACGAAGUUUUCGUCAAAGAAGCAUUAAUUCCUACUCAAACUUUUCGAUUUGGUGGUAAGAUUGGAAGUGUUGUAACAAGUAUUGUGCUUAAGAAGAAAUA